ACCUCUAAAGGUGGAUUCGAGGACGGAAGGAACUAGGGUUUCUAUCAAGGAGCAGGGUUAGGGUUUCGUUUCAUCUGUUUACCAAUCAGAGCUGUAGAACGAAGCCGUUGAUUCGUCGGUUGGUUUCUUUUCGCUAGAUCCAGCGAUGCCUCCCCGUGUGGUGAAGAAGACCGGCCCGGGAAGAAGACCGGCAGCGAGAGCUACGAAGACUGUCGUAAAGCAGCUGCAAAACCAGCCCGAUGCAACUCAGGAUGCGGAGAAUGUCGAGAAGGUUGAGUUGAAGAAGGAGGUUCUGUCGGAAGAGAUCGUGGAGAUCAAGUUGGAGAAUAAAUCAGCGGAGGUUGUGAAAUCGGUCCAUGGAUCUGUUGUUAUAGAGGGUCCAAAGUAUAUUACGGAGGAGGAUGAUAAAGGUGAGCGCCUAGAAUUGGAUGACAAUGAGCCAGAGUAUGAAGAGGAAGCUACGGUUGACUAUGAUGACAGGAUGAUUGAUGAUGAUGGCCAAGAGGUGGAUGAAAGCGAAGAGGAGGUUGAGGAAGGUGAUGUGGUUGAAGAGGAAGAAGGGGAUGUGCUUGUUGAGGAGAUUGAGGAUGGUGGAGAAGAUGUUGAGGAUGAAGAGGACCAUGAAAACAUUGAGGAGGAACAUGAGGUUGAUGGAGAGGAGGAAGAGCAUCAUGAAUUGGUUAAAGAGCGACGCAAACGGAAAGAGUUUGAAGUCUUUGUUGGAGGUUUGGACAAGGAUGCCACUGAAGAUGAUCUUCGAAAAGUCUUCAAUGAAGUUGGUGAGAUCACUGAAGUCCGGCUCCUGAUGAAUCCUCACACAAAGAAGAACAAAGGCUUUGCAUUCCUGCGUUUUGCAUCUGUGGACCAAGCAAAACGUGCUGUUGCAGAACUCAAGAAUCCAGUUAUAAAUGGUAAACAAUGUGGUGUUGCUCAAAGUCAAGACAGUGAUACACUUUUUCUGGGGAAUAUUUGCAAGACCUGGACAAAGGAACAUUUGAAGGAGAAAUUGAAGCAUUUUGGGAUAGAUAACAUUGAAGAUUUGGUGUUGGUCGAAGAUGCUAGUAAUGAGGGGAUGAAUCGUGGGUUUGCUUUCUUGGAAUUUUCUUCUCGUUCUGAUGCCAUGGAUGCUUAUAGACGUUUGCAAAAGAGGGAUGUAGUGUUUGGAGUUGAUCGAUCUGCAAAAGUUGCGUUUGCUGAUUCAUUUAUUGAACCUGAUGAUGAGAUUAUGUCACAGGUAAAAACUGUUUUUCUUGAUGGAAUUCCACCUGCAUGGGAUGAAGAAAGAGUCAAGGAGCAUGUCAAGAAAUUUGGUAAGAUUGAGAAAAUUGAGCUUGCUCGUAACAUGCCAGCUGCGAAGAGAAAGGAUUUUGGAUUUGUUACUUUUGAUAUACAUGAGGCUGCUGUUGCAUGUGCUGAAGGCAUUAACAAUGUAGAGCUUGGUGAAGGAGAUAACAAGGUGAAGGUCAGAGCUAGAUUGUCUAGGCCUCUUCAAAGAGGUCGAGGAAAGCGUGUUUCUCGUGGGGAUUUUAGGAUUAGCCAUGUUCCUACUCGAGAUAUUCGUGCAACUUGGAGUCGUGCACCUGUUCGUAGGCUACCCCUACGAGCAUCUAGAGGAAGCAUUGGGCGUGGGGCACCAGUUGGUGUUCGUGGUGUACCUAUUGGUGGUCGCGGACCAAAGAGGCCCAUAGGUUUGAGAGAAAGACGAAAUAUUGUAGCAUUUUCAGAGAGAACCAGGCACUUACCUCCGCCAGAUCGGUCCUAUGGUCGAAGGCCAUCGAUUCCAGUGUACCCUAAGAGCAUUUCUAAGAGGAACUAUGAUCGGCGUGAUGAACUUGCUCGCAGAAGUAGAACCAUUGUUGAAUAUGGUUCAAGGAUUCCCACUGAGAGGCGGCCAUCAUAUGAAGAUGAUUAUUCUAGGGGGGGAGGAUACUCAGACAUCCCUCCUCGGACUUUGUCCCGUUCAGCUGAAAGGAGACCAUAUGUUGAUGAAGGAUAUGGCAGAAAGCUUGAAAGAGCUCUUCCAUCUUAUAGAGAAGGACGCAGCCGAGAUUAUGAUUCUAUUUCUGGAUCCAAGCGUCCAUAUUCAGAUCUGGAUGACACACAUCCUCGUUAUGCGGAUGUAAGCAUGAGGCAGUCAAGGGCAAGAUUAGAUUAUGGUGCUAGCGGUGGUUCAGCUCAGUAUGAUGAUAGCUAUAAUGAUAGAUUGGGACGUUCUCAUAUAGGAUAUGGCAGUAGCCGCAGCUCUAUCUCUGGACGUGAUUCCCAUGGGCUAUAUGGAGGCCGCCAUGGAAUGGGCUACAGUAGUGACUCGGUAGGUGGCAGUGAUGUUGAUGGGCUGUACUCAUCAUCAAGCUACAGCAGCAGUUAUCUAUCUCGUGGUUCUGAUGUUGGAGGAAGCUCUUACUCUAUGUACUCUGGUCGUAGCUUGGGUGGCGCUGGUUAUUUGCGUGGUAGUGGCUCUGGGUCAUACUACUAAGGCUUGGACUUGGGUCAUCAAAACCUUUCAAUGUUAAAUGUAAUUUUUAUUUAUUUGAGCCCAUCUGUGAGUCUGAGAGACCGAAAAUCAUUCAAUAUAUUGGAGCCCGAUUUUAGGUUCAAUUACAAAAAUUCUAACCGGUUGUUCAAGGGGACAAAUUUUAUAACUAGUUAUUAUUUUAAAUUUAUUAGCUAUAUAAUCAUUAAAAAAAUUUACAAAUGGCUAAAGUCGGCGCUUUACUUGAAGUUUACUAGGCCGUCCAAGGUCAAUUAGGAUGCGUCAUGAUACCUAAUACAUAUUAGUACAUAGUGAUGAUAUACAAUAUAUCAGUGACGUAAAAAAAAAAAAUAUCAGUGUUGUGACACGUCUUGAUUGGCCUCUGGGUGGGAUUUGGUGACCGCAUGUGAAGAAGCACCGCAAUCAUUUUGCCAAAGUUUGCCUAGCUGAGAGUAAAAUUCCUGUUUAGCUGCGGCUUGAAAGACUUUGCAGGGAUGUAAUAUUUUUUUAGCCAAUUGAAAUGAUUACCGAAAUUGUUUUUUUUGAAGGUUUUUGAGUGCUAAGAUCUGUAGAAAUGUAUUUUUUGAAUUUUUUUUGGACACUAAGAUCUGUAGAUCUGAAAUGUUUUAUCUGUAUAAAUGUAUUUUUUGAAAGGUUUGAUUUGAAAAUGUAGUUUUUGAAAAUUUUGGCAGA